ACAUUUGUCUUUUUUCACUGUAGACCUGAUGGCCCUUAAAGAGGAGAGUCAAGAACUGAAUGAAAUGGAAGAGAAAAAUCUGAAAGAGAAAUAUAUUUCCAUAACUGGAGGAAAAUCCACACAGAGUUCUUCAUGAAAAAGAGCUAAGAAGACCAAAGCUAACAGUUCUUUCACCUGCCAGCAGUGUGGAAAGAGCUUCAAUCAAAAACAAAACCUUACAGUCCACAUGAGAGUUCACACUGGAGAGAAGCCUUUCACCUGGCGUCAGUGUGGAAAGAGUUUCACUCAGAAACAUAAACUUUUAGUCCAUAUCAGACUCCACACUGGAGAGAGGUCUUUCACCUGCCAAGAGUGUGGAACCAGUUUCACUCAAAAGGGCAACCUUAAAAUCCACAUGAGAAUCCACACUGGAGAAAAGCCUUAUACGUGCCCUCAGUGUGGACAGAGCUUUGCGCAUAAAACCACCCUUAAAUACCACAUGAGAAUUCACACCGGAGAGAAACUGUUCACAUGUGAUCAGUGUGAAAAGAGCUUCACAACAAAACUAAACCUUAGAUAUCACAAGAACGUUCACACCGGGGAGAAGCCGUUUGUAUGUGGUCAGUGUGGAAAGAGUUUCGCAAAUAAGGCAACCUUUAAUUACCACUUCAGAAUUCACUCAACAGAGAGCUGUUUUAAAUGUAAUCUGUGUGGAAAGAGUUUCAGUUAUGAAAAAAUCCUCAGCGCUCACAUGAGGACUGACACUGGAGAGAAGCCUUACACCUGCAAACUGUGCGGGAUUUAAUUGUGAUCAGUGCAACAGAACCUUUAUUUUCUCUUCACACUUGCAGAUACACUUGAAAGGUCAUGAAAAUGUGAAACACUAUUUGAGUUCUUUGUGUGGAAAGAGGUUUAAAAUUGAUUAAAAUUAAAA